CAUCAGAUCGGAAGUCUCACUCUGGCAGCUGGUAGCUAGAAUACCACCUUGUUCUUACUUGACCAUACAGACUUUUCUGAGUGACAGUCUUUAGAAAUGGAUACUAAUGUAAAUGUGGAGAGUAGGACGAAUGGGAAUGAAAGCUCUUCAUAUUCAUUGACAAUAUUUGGGAACUGUUUGAGAUGUAUUCGCAGGUUGAUUCCUGUUGACUUCAAAAAAGAAAUGAUUGAAUUAUCAACAUUGGCUGGGCCUGUGGUUAUGGCUCAGCUCAUGGUCUUUUUAGUGAGUUUCGUCAGUACAGUUUUCUGUGGCCAUUUGGGGAAGACAGAACUGGCAGGGGUGGCUCUCGCCAUAGCUGUGAUUAAUGUUACAGGUAUCUCCAUUGGGUCUGGUUUAUCAUCAGCGUGUGACACACUCAUAUCUCAGACCUUUGGGAGCCGCAACCUCCUGAAAGUUGGGGUCAUUCUACAGAGAGCCAUCCUCAUUCAACUUCUGGCCUGUUUCCCAUGCUGGGCUAUUCUCAUCAACACAGAACCCAUCCUCCUGGCUGUCAAACAGAGCCCAGAGGUCGCCAGGUUGUCUCAGAUCUAUGUGAAGAUUUUUAUGCCAGCACUCCCAGCCACUUUUAUUUACCAGCUGGAGGCCAGAUAUCUACAGAAUCAGGGAAUCAUAUGGCCGCAGGUCAUCACAGGUGUGGUGGCUAACCUACUGAAUGCCCUCAUCAACUACAUCUUCCUCUAUGUUCUGGGCCUGGGUGUAGCUGGGUCUGCGUGGGCCAACACCAUCUCUCAGCUCUCUCUUGCUGUUAUGCUCUAUAGCUACAUCAUAUGGAAGGGACUACACAAGGCCACCUGGGCAGGCUGGUCUUGGGAGUGCCUGGAAGACUGGGACACAUACGUCCACCUGGCUAUUCCUAGCAUGAUCAUGCUGUGUGUGGAGUGGUGGACCUAUGAGAUUGGAGGUUUUCUAGCAGGUCUGAUAAGUGAGGUGGAGCUUGGAGCACAAUCAGUCGUCUAUGAACUGGCAAACAUUUGCUACAUGUUCCCUCUAGGGUUCAGUGUGGCAGGCAGUGUGAGGGUGGGCAAUGCUCUGGGGGCUGGAGAUACAGAGCAGGCCAAGCUGUCUGCCAAGCUGGCCAUGUUCUGUGCUGGGUCAGUUUCUGUGUGCUUGUCGGUUCUUGUUGGGAUACUGAAGGACAAAAUCUCCUAUGUCUUUACAUAUGAUGAGCAGAUCAGAGAGAGGGUUGCUCAAGUUAUGGCUUUCUACGCCCCUUUUCUUCUGUUAGAUGCAAUAUCGGCUGCCUCAGGUAGUAUUAUAAGGGGUGCAGGUAAGCAGAAGGUUGGGGCGAUAUGCAACAUCCUGGGUUACUAUGGGGUUGGCUUUCCUAUUGGAGUGUCCCUGAUGUUUGCUGCCAAACUAGGAAUCAUGGGCCUGUGGACCGGUCUGUUUACCUGUGUGUUCCUACAGUCCUCCUUCCUCAUCCUCUACCUAUCCAGAAUGAACUGGAAGAAAGCCACUGUAGAGGCCCAGAUCAGAGCUGAGGUACAGGGGAACUCUACAGACAUGGACAUGGCCCCAGAGGCCCAAUCAAAUGAUAUAGCUCCCUGUGAGGGCCACACAGACAGAAAUGCCCUGGCUGAGGAUGGGGCUGAUGCUGACGGUGAGGUUGGGGACAGGGUGGCCCUUAGCAAGACGGAGGCCCUUCUGGCCCACAGGGCCCUGGUUAUGCGGAGGGGCCUGGCUCUGUGUGUCAUGCUCUUCAUCCUGGCCCUGGGAAUCAUCAUCAACCUACUGCUCACCAACCUCACUUGAAGAACACAGAGGUCUGUUUGUCCCCCAGGUAUUUCUCCUAGAUGAGAACUGUUGACGGGGUGAGUUCAGGGGGGGAGGUAGUGGUAAAGGUAGUGUUGCUCCAGUCUACACUCAGAUUGCUCCAUGAGCUGAUUGGUAGAGGCAGGAGAAGAUGUACACUGGUCCCCACAGCCAGGAUGACAAUGGCAGCCAGUACAGUGAGACCUCUCCUUAGGACCAGCUGGGUGGUGGAGAGCAGUCCACUGGGGCUCCCAUCCUCCCUCUUCACCUCUGGGGUCCCAUUGCUUCCCCUGAGGUCUUCCUGGCCCUCAGUACUCACUGAAAUGUAUCCAUUCACUGUCUGGGUGUGGAAGCAGGCACAAUCUGGGUUAGAACAAUGUUAUUCGCGAGAGUAUAGUAUAAAUAAUAUAGAACAUAGGACUGAGCAACAUGUUUCUACUCACACUUCCACUGUUCUCUGUGUGGUCAGGUGCAACUAUAUUCCUCACCAUAUGUCCAGCCUUUCCAGCUCGUUUCACAGCCUGUCACAAACAGAUCAACUCCAUGAUGCUCUCAACUGACA